GCCCCCUAAUCCCGUUCUGAUGGUCACGGAGGAGGACGGGUGUUCUGUUCGCCUGCGGCGCCUCCAAACGAACCCCAAACUUACAGCCGCCGCGACCUCCUAGCCACCUCUCCUGCUGCAGCAUGGACCGAGGUGAGAGCCGCCCUGCCGGCGGAGAAGGGCCAUCGGCAUCGGCAGACAACCCAGCCCCUUCUUCUGGCUCGCCGUCCUCACCCGGCAUUGAGGCGUUGGCCGCAGAAGCUAUGGCUUUUGAUGGAGAUAGGAAUGAGGAGUCAAUUGAUGUCAAGGUGCAGAAAGCUCUGGAGUGUCCAUGUUUAGAUGACUUGAAAAAAGGCCCUUGUGGGGACCAAUUUAUUGAUGCGUUUUCCUGCUAUCUCAAAAGCACCAAAGAAGAGAAGGGAUCAGACUGUGUCAACCCCUUCAUUGCCUUGCAGAACUGCAUCAAAGAAAACAAAGAGGCAUUCAUCAAGGAGAUUCUGGAAGAAGAGGAAAACGACGUGGAAGCUGAGAAGUCUAACCUCAAAGUUUUGCCGCCAGCAUGGUCUAGAGAACCAAGAUCAAAUAUACGGGUCCUUCCAAAUAAGAGCGAUACUCUAAACAAAGUAAUAUUCCCAUAGCCAUUACCAAUUUUCGCCACCAUGUUUCCGCCAAAGUUCUCCAGUUUGGUCAGUUUCAGGAAACCAGAGAAGCGAGUAAGCUUAAGUGAAGAAGAAAUAAGAGAAGAUUUGGAACAAAUAAACCACAGAUGCUGGUAUCGUAAUCAGGAACUGACAAUCUUGUAUGAUGUUGAUGGCUCGUAUCAUCUGAAGACCAGAUUAAUUAUUUAUCCUUGAAUCCUUGUGAUAAUUGAUCUAUGAUUGGGCUACCGUAUUCCUUCGCCUGUGGUUUUGUCACAUUGACGGUUAUUUGCCUUGGCUAGUUGGCUGUGAUUAUACUGUUGGAUCAAUCUAGGUACUGAAGAAUCUGUGGCAACCAAUCUGAGCUGUAUCUUCUUAAUCGGACGGAUGGAUAUAUUUACAUUUGAUUACUUGUCUAUA